UGAGGAAGCGGGUAAUGGCGGCGUAAACAACGGGAAGAUCGGUGCAAAAAUAAAACGCAAGAGUAGUAUUAAACGGAAUAUGUUUUCUAAACAAGGAGGAUUCUUGCUCGGUGUGCACACUAUUAAAACCCCAGUAAUCCAGUUUUUGUUGGUGUUUAGCCGCUAGUUCCGGGUAACUUUUAGCCCACUUUGUUAACCUAAAGGAAAAGCAGCACGUUAUUCAGCGUUAGUUUAUUGACAUGGACUGCGUCGUGACGGGAGGAAACGUGAAAGUGCUGGCCAAAGCCAUCCAGUCUCUGUCCAGGAUCGGUGAUGAGCUCUACGUUGAACCCCAGGAAGAUGGGCUGGCCCUGCGGUCUGUGAACUCCUCUCGGUCGGCAUAUGCUUGCUUCCUGUUCGCACCACUCUUCUUCAGCAGGUACACCAUCCCCAGUGGGCACACCUUCCGCUGCAAGAUGGCAAUAAAGAGUGUGCAGGCCGUAUUCAGGUCUCUAGCGACUCUGGAGAAGACCGUAGAAAAGUGUCACAUCGAGCUGGACGAGCAGAAAAACCGCCUCACCUUCACCCUGCACUGCAAACACGGCCUCAUGAAGACACAUAACCUGUCUUUCAUGGACAGUGAAAGUUUACAGGCCAUGUUUGAUAAAGACAGCUAUGCCAAUGUAUUCAGAUCCCAUCCCAGGCUGCUGGUGGACACAGUCGUCCACUUCCCUCCGUCUCUGGAAGAAGUGACAGUGUCAGUGACCGAUGAGCGCAUGUGGGUCAGGAACCAUGUGGAGGAAGAAGCAGACCAGUCAAAGGCCAUGCUGACAGAGCUGUGUCUGGCUUCAGACGAGUUCGACCAUUUUGCUGUCCGAGCUCACAACAGCGUCACCUUUUGUCUGAAGGAGUUACGGGGUUUGUUAGUGUUUGCAGAGUCUACUGGUCUCCCUAUUUCUAUGUACUUUGAUGAACCGGGAAGCCCCGUAGUGCUUUCAGUAAUGGACAGUGUACUGGAGGGGAACUUUGUGCUGGCCACGCUUUCUGAUGACCCAAACCACCGUAAAAACAAUACUAAACGAGCACGCACGCCGCCGCCGCCCCCUCCAGAUGAUUUUAUGAAUGACGACAUAGACUCCUACCUCAUCGCUAUGGAUACCAGUAUUGUACCAGGUCCAUCAGCCACAGGUCUGCCCUCACCUCCAUCAGCUGAUUCCAUAUGUUCAAAACAGAGUGCUGCAGCCAAUCACAGGACAAGGCUACACAGUAAGGAGGAGGAGAAUGAAGAUGAAACAGCUGAUUCAGGCGGACCACCUAAUAAGAAGUUCUGUUCCUUGUUCUUUGGAUCGGUGCUUCCCCCGUCCUCUCAGAUGACCACUCAACCAGUGACAAGUCAGGAGGUGUUGGCCAGUGACAGUGAGGAUGAAGCAGAGUGACAG